CUCAUUUUGUGGAGCCACAGUUAGGCUUUCCAUGAGCAAACACACUCCGGAUUUCUUGGCACAGUGGACAGUAGCUGACCUGGGUCUGUUUGGGACCGGAGUCUGUUUGGAUCGGGAUCUGUCUCAGCCGGGAAUUGUUGGUGAGGAUGAUGGUGGCACCCUCUUCACACCAGAGGAGUAUGAAAGGUACAAGAAGGAAGUAUUAUCAACACGAUUACGAAAUCGAUUGUUUGUCAGCUGGACAUCGCCCAAUGGCAUUGACUGCAAAUUAAUUGGUCCUGAAACACAAUGUUUUUGCCAGCACAGAUAUAAACAGCACAAAACCGAUUACAAAGAAAUUCCAAUAGAGCGUCCAAUUUUGCUCCCCUGCAGAGUAACAGGUUGCCGUUGUAUUUCUUUUAAUUAUGUGCCACUGAAUGGAACUCAGCCAAUUCGUUGCAGGUGCAAACAUUUUGCAGAUGAUCAUAAUGAAAUGGCACCAUAUAAAUGCAAAAACUGUGCAGGAUGUGCUGGGUUUCACAGCUCCUUCACCUGUGGCUGUAGCCACCCAACAUAUGCUCAUACAAUGAUUGUCGAGACCAAAGAAGAACGCUUGGCUAGAGGAAGAUCUGUGGGACCAGAUGUUCCCUAUGCUGCCAUGGGAGGACUGACCGGAUUUAAUGCAUUGACAGAAGGAUAUAUGCGGCUAGACUCGAGUGGAAUAGGGGCACCAAGCAAUGAAAUUCUUGAUGCACCUUCUACUUCAAUGGACCACCCUUUUCUGAGAGCGUAUGGACCACAAAUGGAUGCAGUAAAUGCUGGACAGUCUGCAGAUGAUGUUUAUGGUUUAAGUCGAUUCGCUCACCUUCCCACAGCCGAGGAACGAGACAUGGCUUACUUUGAAAGCCGUUACCAAGAACGGCUCAAGAUGGAAAAGGCUGCUGCUAAGGGACAGAAAAAAAUUCCUGCAUCUAAAGGUGAAACUUCACAAGUGCCAAAACCUUCAAGAGGACCAAAAUAAUGAAAGUCUUAAGAACGUACAUGCAUUUGAAUUUGCCUUCUUACUUGCCAUGUAUGUAAGAACAUCAUUGAUGUCCUUAACCCAUUCUACUUCACACUGCAAACUUUCAUUGUUGUCAAUUUCAGAUUUGAAAAUAGUUAACUGGGCCUCAUCAACACAUGUACCUUUGACAUUGUCAUUCUGAUACAAAUAAACAUCUUGGACAUGAAAAAUGUAAA